AUGGCCAUCACACACCCUCAUCCUACAAAUAUAGCAAAUUCCCACUCACUCCCUUCUUCAAAACCCAACCACAAUGAUAAGACCAACAACCAAAUCACGCGUCUCCCCGUCACUAAAGCCGAUCUCCCGCGCAUCGCCCUCCUCGAACAUCUCGCCUUCGAAGAAGAUGAAUUCAGCGACUUGGCAUUUGGGAGAGAGAGAGGAAGUUCCGAGGCCCUGAAGAUGCGCGAGAGACAAUUUGAGAAGUUUCUCGAUAAAGCGGAGAGAGGGGGAGAGGAAGAGGGGGAUGGUAUUAAGGGUGAUGUGGGUUCCUUGACGGGAUUGGAAGAGGAGGAGAAGAUGAGGAUCAAGACGAAAGAGGAGCUGGAGGAGAUCUGGGGGAAGGGGAGUAAUGUUCAAUUGUGUGAGGAUGUUUUUGUGAGGGGAGCUGAGUAUAUGUUAAGGGCUUGUGGGGGAGAAAAGUGGUUGAAACUCAACAUCCUCGUCAUCCACCCCUCUCACCAACGCCGUGGAAUCGGUACGCUCCUCCUCGAACAAGGACUCAAACUCGCGGAUGAGAAAUCCCUCCAAGUAUUACUGGGUGCUAGUCCCUGGGGUAUUGGUCUCUAUCGCAAAACAUGGAUUUGUGGAUUGUGCAUUGUAUGGAUAUCCAGUUGGAUAGGUAUGAAGGGGGUAAGGGAAUGGGGAGCACGAGACAUGUUAUUAUGA